AUGGCCCGCGGCCCCGCUCUCCGCCCUCCCUCCCUCUCCCGCCUGAGGGGAAGGGGCCGGGCCGGGCCGGCCCGCGCCGCCCCCGCUACCUGCGGGCGGGGGCGGGCCUGGGAAAGUUUGUCUCUGUGGUUGGCUGCGCCGCGCGGCGCGGCCGGUCGGGGCGGGCGGGCGGCUCCGUGCGCUCGCAGGGCAGCGAGCGGCCGGCCGAGGAGCGGCCGCCGCCGGUGCCCCCGGGCCAGCCCAGCCUGCGCGCCCGCGGUCCCGCUCGCCCAGGGAGAGGCGCCGCGCAGCCCUGCCAGCAUGGGGCACCGCGGGGAGAGGGCGUCCUGCCUGCCUCUCCUCCUCCUCGUCCUGCUGCUGCUCGCUUUGUGCAGAGGGCGCAUUGUGAGAGUGCCCCCGGGUCCCCUCAUUCGAGUGGUGGGCACGGAGGUGGCCAUCCCGUGCAGCGUGAGUGACUAUGACGGACCCAGUGAGCAGAACUUUGACUGGGAGUUCUCCCGGGACACUGACUUCGUGCGGAUAGUGAGUACCUGGGAUUCUACCUUCACCUCUGAGGAGUACCAAAAACGCGUGGGCCGCGGGGAUAUCAAACUGAGACGGAGCAGCAACGAUGCUGUGGAACUUGUGAUUAGGAACAUCCAGCCAGCUGACCAAGGGAGAUACAAAUGUUCCACGCCCAGCACUGAUGCCACCGUUCAGGGAAAUUAUGAUGCAGAGGUCCAAGUGAAAGUGAUUUCCGACGGUUUGUCCGUGAGCGGCUCCAAAGCUCGUUCCUCCACGUCUCUCCGGCUGUCCGAGGGCGACUCCUUCAAGCUGCGCUGCUCAGCCGCCACCGCGUCCCCGGAGCACACGCACCUGCACGUCACCUGGCAGGUCAGGAGCGGCUCCUCUUGGCGGGACGUCCUCUCUUUGACGCACGAGGGCAAGUUCCAGCCGGGCCCCGGCUACGAGGAGCGCUACCGCAGCGGGGACAUCCGCCUGGACACGGGCGCCAACGACACGUACCGGCUCUCCGUGUCUCAGGCCUCCUCCGCCGACGGCGGCGCCUACCGCUGCCUCGUCAGCGAGUGGGUCCGAGGGGCCGACGGCGCGUGGCAGAAGAUCCAGGAGAAGAGCGUGGAGAUCGCCACGGUGUCCAUCCAGAGGACCGCUCUAGAUGUGGUCAUCUCAACCAGCAAUGUGUCUGUGACCGAAAGAGACUCCCUGGAUCUUACAUGCAACAUCACGACAGACAGAAGCGGUAUUUUCCAAGCAGAGGUGAUGUGGUAUUUUUCUGCAUCACCUGAUGACACCUUGUCAGAUGCUCAGCUCUUGCUGAGCAUGGACCACGAUUCUGUUGUCAGUGAUUCAACUCUGAUCAGCCUCAGCCACGUGGACAGGAACUCCUACCGCCUCCUGGUGCGCGAUGUGGAUGUGGAGGACUCUGGCUACUACUUCUGUGAAGCUGCUAUCUGGGUGCCACUGCACAAUGGGAGCUGGCAUAAGGUGGUGGAGAGGACCUCUGCACCAGUCAGCGUAGUGGUGACAGCACUGGAGCCAGACUAUGACGUGUUCCUGAAUGCCUCUAAAACACCCAAGUUUUCAGAUGACCCCACAGAGCUGAACUGCAGGAUCACAAACGUCCAGGACACCGAGGCAAACAUCCGCUUCUCCGUGUCCUGGUACUACCGGCAGCGCCUGCCCGGUGACGACGCGGAGCCGGAGGAGCUGCUGGCUUCCAUGGAUGCAGACUGGGCUCUGCUGCCUGGGGACAGGGCCAGAGAGAGGAUUCAGAACGGGGAAAUCAUCUUGGCCAAAAAGUCUGCAGACACCUUCAGCUUGAGAAUCCAGUGGACUUCGGAGAAUGACAGAGGGGAUUAUUUCUGUGUCAUCUCGGCGUGGAGCAGGCACCGCAACAACAGCUGGGUGAAGAGCAAGGAUGUGGCUUCUGCAUCUGUCAACAUCUUCUGGGCUACACAAGAUUACACGCUCACAGUGGAGGCGGUGAAAUUGAAGCCAUUCUUUGUAGCAGGCCACACCUUUGAGAUGACGUGCAAAGUGUCCUCCAAGAACAUCAAGACGCCGCGCUACUCGGUGCUCAUCACGGCCGAGAAGCCCCUGGCGGACCAGUCGAGUCCCAACGGCACCACGCGCAUCAUCUCCCUGAACCAGGACUCGGUGGUGCGCCUGGAGGACUGGACGGACCAGACGCGCGUGGACGGGGUGGUGCUGGAGAAGGUGCAGGAGAACGAGUUCCGCUACAGGAUGUACCAGACCCAGAUCUCGGACGCCGGGCUCUACCGCUGCGUGGUGACCGCCUGGUCUCCGGGCGGCGGGGGCAUGUGGCGUGAGGCCGUCAAUGGCUUGUCCAACCCUAUCCAGAUAGACUUCCAGACAUCAGGUCCUGUGUUCAAUGUCUCGGUGCAUUCUGACAGCCCCACGAUUUACCAGGGUGAGGUGGCAGAUUUGCUGUGCAUCGUCACGAUGGAAGGAAUGCCACUCGAGCCAGAUGACAUGUCCUUUGACGUCUCCUGGUUUGCCGUGCGCUCCUUUGCCCUGGACAGGGAGCCCAUCUUGCUGGCCUCCCUGGACAGGAGGGGCAUCGUGUCCCAGGGCAGGAGGAACGGGAGCAGCGAGCUGAGCCUGGAGCGGAUCAGCCCUUUGGAGUUCCGGCUGCGCGUGCACGGCUGCGAGGACCAGGACUUCGGGAACCACUACUGCCUGGUGACGCCCUGGGUGCGCUCUGCCACGGGCGUGUGGCAGCGCGAGCCCGACAUCAGAGCCAAACCCAUCUUCCUCUCUGUCAAAAUGGAUGUUCUGAACGCUUUCAAGUACCCGCUGUUGAUCGGCAUCGGCCUGGCCACGGCCAUCGGACUCCUCUCCUGCCUCAUUGGCUACUGCAGCUCCCGCUGGUGCUGCAAGAAGGAGGUGCAGGAGACGCGGCGCGAGCGGCGCCGGCUCAUGUCGAUGGAGAUGGACUGAGCGCCCAGCUGGGCACGCUGCGUUUCAGGAGAGACUCACAGGGCUCCUGGACUGUGCUGAGACACGUGCUCACAGGCCCAGACAAGACAGUGCGUUUGCUCUCUGGUUUCAGCCUGGACCUCAGCUUCUCCUCGUUACACGCCAUGUCCUGAGAACAAUCAGGCCAUAUUUAGCAAUUUGGGAGUUCUCCUUUUCCAGCAGCACUUUCUGCAUAGGGAUCAUGUCCUUCUAAUGUGCAAACUGUUGAGCCUUCUUUCAGCAGGGCCCUGUGACAAAAUUCAUUAAUGUUUGUUUGUUCAUUUGUUUUUCUCCCCCUCUUGGUUUUGGAAAGAUGUCCCUAUAUGAAAGCAAGGUGGGCAGGAUGAUGAAUGGGAAAGAGGCUGGUAAGUGUUAGACUUUCACUGUAUUAACCAAUCUACCUUCCCCCUCUGUCCCCAUCACACCAUCCUGUUCCCUUUCUCUUUCCACCUUGGUAUCUUAGAGAUUUUUCUGUGUUGGGUUGAAGGCUGGGGAAGGUUCCUGUGCUGGAGCCAUCAUGAGGCUGUUCCAGCAAAGAAUUGUUUUAUGGUUGUCAGUAUGCCUUCUCUUCCCUGGCUUUCCAAGAGAUUGCAGUUAAUCCUGACACCUAACUUGCCUGGUGGAGGUCUGAAGCACUUUUUUAAAACCUUUUCUUUUCAGUGCUCAAAUCUCUUAGCUGUGGUGAGUAGGGACUGACUUGGCAACCCUGAAGAGUCGAUUCUCAAACAUUUGAUGGAUGUCUGCCUAUGGUCGCCUUCUCCCACACCCUUCCACCUUCUCUUCCCCCCACUACAGCUGCUCACAUGGUGCCUGAGACCCUGUCCUGCUUGUGGCAGGGGGGCACGUGGUAUCUAGGGACAAGGCUCAGCCUGCUGCUGGCCUCUGCAGGGAGGUUGGAGACCUUGCUUCCCCGGGUGAUGGUGUGACCUAUGAAAAUAAUAAGAGAUGGAUCUUCAUCUGCAGUUGGCCAACUGAUCAUGUUUAGAGACUCAUAAACUAUGUAUUACCAAAUGCACAGACCAGACUUCAGUGCUGCUUCUGCCAGUCACUCACUGGUAACCUCAAACCUGUGAGCAGAACCUGAGAUCUGCAGUAGCUGCAGUGCAGCUCAGGGUAGGAAUAAGAGCAAGCCCAAGAGGGCAGCAAGAAUCCUUCAGGCUCCCAGGGCCCUGGUCUUGAGCAUGAGCCUUUCAGAGGGGCUUUUCCCCUGGGCUUGAGACCUAUUCCUCGGUGCUAUAGUGUGGAACUCCUGCUUUGGUCUUCCAAAUACACUGACCUGGCUCCUGAGGGGGAGCAGCAUCUUUGCCAGGCAGUUCUGUCUUCCCAGCACGGCUGGUGUUCUAAGCAAUAAGGGUCAGAAUAAAGAUGCUGUGUACAAACCAACGAGGAAGUGGGACCUCACCGCAGUCUGAUGUCACAGCCGUGGUUUGGCUUGCGUCAGGAAGGGUGAGAAAUGCAGAGAUGAGGCCAGGGCUCAAUCCUUACCAUGGCUUUUAAAAGAUGGUAAAGAAGACCAUCCAUGGAAGGUAGUGGCUGUGGUGUGCUGUUGCUAAUUAGACAUGAGUUAUGUCCUAAACAAUCUGCUUCUCUAAUAGCUCAUCCCACUGCAUAUUCCAGGGGAGCUGCAGGUCUGGUA